AUGUCCUUUGACCAUCACACCAUUCACUGGAGACUUAUGCACGAAUUGCCGAAUCCCGUGUAUGCACGUUUCAAAGAGUUGGCUCUAUCUGUCACAAUAUGGUUCGAUUUUUGUGGACAUUUCACCAACAAGCAUCUGUUUGCUGAGAAGGGAACGGACAUAAACUAG